UAUAUAUCCUUCUUGAACUAAACUUGAAUCAAUGGAGAGCUUAAAAUUACCUUUUAAGGGUGUUGUAAACAACAUUCGUGCAAGAUAUGUUCACUAUAAACAAGAUUGGUCUUCUGCUAUACACUCAAGAUUUGGGAUAUUGGCUCCAACUACGUAUAUUUUCUUUGCUUCUGCACUUUCUGUUAUUGCAUUUGGAGAGCAAAUCAGUAGAGACACAGAUGGAAGUUUAAGUACAGUAGAAACACUGGCUUCUAUAGCCAUAAGUGGAAUCAUACACUCAAUAUUUGGUGGUCAACCUCUUCUCAUACUUGGAGUUGCUGAGCCAACCAUCAUCAUGUAUACUUACUUGUACAACUUUUUCAAAGAUAGAGAUGGUUUGGAACAACAACUCUUUUUUGGCUUGCUGCAUUAUGUGUAA